GAGUGUCAGUCUCCGCGAGUGUGGUGCAAGACUAAGGACAAGAUCUUUUCCCGGGUUUAUGUGGAGAAAGUUUAUAGACAGUGUGAUCGCAAAUGUAACUCAGCAUUGUUGGCCUUGGCAGAAUUAUACGAAGAUGAAGCUAAAAGGCAGUCACUGUGUCCUGACAAACCAACAACUACAAAGAUCAGUAAUACAAAAGUAUCACAGAGUCUUAAAGUUGAUUCGCUUAGAAGGCUGAGAAAACCAGAGAGAAGCAUGAGCGAUGACAAAGAAAACCAAAGAUUUUAUUCAGGUGACUCGGAAUAUAGAGGAUUACAGAUUUCUGGGGCUUCUAAUAAUCCAAGUAAAAUUGUUGCUGAACUCUUCAAGGAAGCAAGAGAACAUGGGGCUGUCCCAUUAGAUGAAACCACAAGAGCAUCUGGUGACUUCGGUAAAGCUAAGUCAUUUUCUGGUGGUGGAUAUAGAUUGGGUGACUCAUCACAAAAGCACUCUGAAUAUAUAUAUGGAGAAAAUCAAGAUGUUCAAGUUUUGCUGAAACUGUGGAGGAAUGGCUUCAGUUUAGAUGAUGGCGAGUUGAGAUCCUAUUCAGACCCAACAAAUGCUCAGUUUCUUGAGUCUGUUAAAAGAGGGGAAAUUCCUGUGGAACUGCAGCGACUUGUUCAUGGUGGCCAAGUUAAUUUGGAUAUGGAAGACCACCAAGAACAGGAAUAUGUGAAGCCUAGACUGCGAUUCAAAGCUUUCAGUGGUGAAGGGCAAAAACUUGGAAGCCUUACACCUGAAAUAGUCAGCACACCUUCUUCCCCAGAGGAGGAGGAGAAAUCCAUUCUUAACGCGCCUGUUCUGAUUGAUGAUUCCAUGCCAGCAACUAAAAUUCAAAUUAGAUUAGCAGAUGGAAGCCGAUUAAUACAAAGAUUUAAUCAAACACACAGGAUUAAGGAUAUUCGAGAUUUCAUUAUCCAGUCCCGUCCAGCAUUUGCAGCAACUGAUUUUGUUCUUGUGACUACCUUUCCAAAUAAAGAGUUAACAGAUGAAAGCCUGACACUACAAGAAGCAGACAUACUUAACACUGUGAUUCUUCAGCAAUUAAAGUAAUCUUACAGUUGUUGGUACAAUAUAGGGAGCGUGCUGUAUUGUCAUACAAUAUGUUUCCAACAGAUGAAAAAAAGAAGAGAUCAGUGUCUCUUUAUUCCCCCACUUCCACAGAUCAGAUUUUUGGGUUUCAUGUCU